CUCACAGUAAUAUAUAGACACUCAUUCUAUUUAUUUCUCCUCCAUUCUCAAACUAUUCUAUUCUAUUCAAUUCAAUUGGCUUCUCUGUGUCUCCUGCCUCCCAGAAGUUUGCUCUACCAUGGCUGCUCUUUUGUUGUUACCUUUAAUGCUUUCCAUAUUUUUAAUCAACGCUCAUCCUCCUCCUCUCAAUACUCUGUCUCAUCAUCAGCAGCAGCAGCAAUUGCUCUUGCGAUUCAAAGCCGCCGUUUCCAUAAACGGCACUUCUCUGCCCGACUGGAGCCCCCUUCACCACUUCUGCAACUGGACUGGUGUUACUUGUCAUUCUAAUUCUCACUCCGUCCGUGCCAUCAAUUUAAACCAAAUGAGUUUAGACGGCACCAUCUCUCCUGUUCUGAGAAAUCUCUCCUCUCUUCGAUCCCUUGAUCUUUCCCAAAAUAACCUCACUGGUACCAUUCCACCCCAACUCGGCCAACUCCCAAAUCUACGGAUACUCUGGCUGAACGGCAAUCAAUUACAAGGAACCAUUUCUCCUGAACUAGGGAACCUCUCGUCUCUUCGAUCCCUAUAUCUCUUCGAUAAUUUCCUUGCUGGUACCAUUCCACCUCAAUUCGGCCAACUCCUAAAUCUACGGGCACUGUGGUUGGGCAAUAACACAUUACAAGGAACCAUUCCACGCCAACUCGGCCAACUGCCACAUCUACGGAUACUUCGGCUGGGAUACAAUCAAUUGCAAGGAACCAUUCCGCCCGUUCUCUCCGCUUGCCGCAGUUUGUAUUUUCUGUCACUCUUCUAUAACCAACUGAAUGGCAGUAUUCCGCCUGAGCUGAGUCUUCUCACAAGUUUGAACAUCCUCUACUUGGAAUUUAACAGUCUCACGGGUACCAUUCCUAGCUCUUUAGCAAACCUGUCUUCCAUAGUUGAAUUGAGUUUGGACGGAAAUGAGCUGUACGGCCCCAUUCCUAGUUCUUUAGGCAAUCUGUCCACCUUGACUUAUCUCACGUUGGGAGAAAACCAUCUCGAAGGCUCCAUUCCUCCUGAAUUGGGCAUGCUCACUCACCUUGAGAAUCUUUCCUUUUUUGCAAAUAACUUAUCCGGCACCAUUCCCAGCUCUUUAACAAAUCUCUCAAACUUGAAUUGCUUAGAUUUAUGUCAAAACCAGAUAGGUGGACAUAUUCCUUGGGAAAUUGGUACCAAGCUCUCCAAUUUGGUAUACCUUAGUUUAUGGGGAAAUCAGCUUAGUGGUAACAUACCAAACUCCUUGGGAAAUUGUUCCCGUCUCGAAGUACUUUUUUUAAAUAAAAACGAACUAGGUGGUACUGUUCCAAUGGAGCUGGGUAGAUUGAACCUUCUUAGUCGACUUAGACUACACACCAAUCAACUUGUUAGUGACAGCAGUAACACAUUGGCCUUUCUCACUGCUCUCACAAACUGCUCCCACUUGCAAAUAAUAGAUAUUGGAGGUAGUCAUUUCACAGGUAUAUUGCCCCCAUCCAUAGGCCAACUGUCUUCCAAUCUCUAUUACUUGGGUUUGCAAGACGGCAUGAUAAGCGGAAGCAUACCACAACAGAUUGUCAAUCUGACAAACUUAACUUUUUUAGAUUUAGGGUAUAAUCUUUUCAGCGGCAAUAUUCCAUCUGGAUUUAAAAGAUUCCGUGAGUUAGAAAGAUUGUCUUUGGGUGGGAACGAAUUAGAAGGAAGCAUUCCAAGUGAGAUAGGUCAGUUGCAACGUCUCGGGCUCUUAGAUCUUAGUUACAACCAGUUAUCUGGAAAAAUACCAGAUUCUCUUUGUAGCUCCCAGCAGCUAAGAUAUCUUUAUCUUCACUACAACAAGUUAUCAGGGAAUAUCCCUGUUAGUUUGGAGGGAUGUCAAAAGUUAGAGCUCCUUGAUUUAUCAUACAAUAAACUAAGGGGAAGGAUACCCCGUGAAGUCAUUGCUAGCCUUAAAGACCUGGCAUUCUACCUCAAUCUUUCAUGGAAUUCUCUGGAAGGGUCACUGCCAAAGGAGAUGAGUAAAAUUAUAAUGGCUCAAGCCAUAGAUAUAUCUGGAAAUAAACUUAGUGGGGUCAUUCCAAAUUCUCUAGGAAACUGCAUAGCAUUAGAGAGCCUAAAUCUGUCCCACAACGGCUUUGAAGGUCCAAUACCAGGUUCACUCUCCACAUUAAAAAAAUCUCCAAGAAAUGGAUCUUUCUUUCAAUAAUUUGUCAGGGCAGAUUCCAGAAGACGGAUUGUUUCCAAAUAGAAGUGUUGUAAUAUUGCUUAUGAAAAACCAUGGCCUAUGUGGCCCAAAGAACUAUUCAUUGCCUCCAUGCCCAUAUCAGACCCGAGAGAAACAUUCCAUGCUCAAAAAAAUAGUCUUAUCUGUUGUUGGGACCAUUGCAUUUGUAUUAUGCUGCUUCAUUAUAGGAAUUCUAUGGAGGCCUAAACUUUCAGAUCAACUGGUCCAUCCCUCGAGCUUUAUUUUUCCAAGGCUUACCUAUCAAAAAUUUUCCUAUCAAGAUCUUGUCAUUGCAACAUCUGGAUUUGAUGAGUCAAACUUGCUCGGAGUGGGUAACUUUGGAUCUGUCUACAAAGGCAUCUCGAGGAAUGGUAAGAUAAUUGCCAUCAAAACUCUCAAUUUGCAAAAUGAAGAAUCUCUUAAGAGUUUCAAGAGAGAGUGUGAAUUCUUAGGGAGGAUUCGGCACCGUAACCUCAUCAAAAUCGUAAGUGCAUUUUCCUACCCUGACUCCAAAGGUUUGGUUCUUGAAUUUGCAUGUAAUGGGAGCUUGGAAAAACAUUUGCACCCUGACAGGGAUGAUGAAGGCUUUUGUAAAUUGGGAUUGAGUGAGUUUCUGAGCAUUUCUGUAGACGUAGCUCAUGGUAUGGAAUACUUACAUCAUGAUUGUCCUCUACAAAUUGUGCACUGUGAUUUAAAACCUAGCAAUGUGCUCUUGGAUGCCAACAUGACAGCCCUUGUCACUGAUUUUGGUAUAUCCCGAUUAACUACUUCAAAUUCCAUAGAUUCAUUGAGUUCAACGACAUUUGCGCUCAAAGGAUCUAUUGGAUAUAUUGCUCCAGAGUAUGGACUGGGUGGGAGUGUUUCUACAAAGGGAGAUGUUUAUAGUUUCGGAGUUCUGAUAUUAGAGAUGGUUACAAGGAAGAGGCCAAGUGAUGACAUGUUUGUGGGAGACAUGAGCUUGCACAAGUGGGUGAGAUCAGCUUUUUCAAACAGACUGGCAGAAAUUGUUGAUGGAGAGCUAUUGAGAGAUAUGAAUGAAAACAUGGAGGACGAUAAAUGUCUUAUUUCAUUCAUUAAUGUUGGUUUGCUUUGCAGUAGUGAAUCACCAAGAGAACGACCUUCCAUGAGAGAUGUAGCCAAAGCCUUGGAGAGCCUGAAGACAUCUUUAAUGGGAGGUGCAGCUGUUUCCAAUUUAACAGCUACCAUAUCAGAACUCCUGGACAAUACCAACCCCACAGGAACAUUGCCAUCUGACAGUCAAAGUUCUACAUUUUAGAUGUUUAUAACUUCCAUUAUGAUGUUUUAGUCCGUUAUGUUUGAUGCUUUCAACUUUUGUCUUCUCCCCUGUCAAUUCCACCUAAGUUAAAUUCUAGUUCUGUGAGCUUGUAAGUUGUUCCAAUUCAUGUGUUUUCAUUACAUUAGUUUGAGAAAGUAUGAUGUUGUCAAUACGAUGCAAACUGUGUUAAUAUAUUGUCUUAUUUACAGUACUUUCUCUCAUAAUGUGAAACAUUGAAGAAUUGUUUUCCUUUCGUUCCUGAAUAUUCAGUAGUCUGC